CACCGUCGACAGAGCAAAGCGAGCGAAAGAGCUGGGUCUUCCUUCCGUUCCGCGCUACGCCACGCCACGCCGCGUCGUGUCGUGCCCAGCCGUGCCGUGUCGUGCCGUGCUGUGCCGUGCAGUGUCGUGUCGCGUAGCAGCCGUGCCAGGCAGCGUUUUCUUGGUCUCGCGCGACGUCGUAGGGCACGCGGCAGACGAGGAAGAAACCCGAGGAAGACCGAGACGAGAGAGCGCGCGCGCCAGCGACGGUGAAGCUAACGCGAGCGACAGCUCAACUCCGCCAAACGCUCGAGCGCCGUUUUCCUCCGCCUCCUCCUCCUCCUCCUCCUCUUCCACCCCGCCUGCUCCACGCUCCGCUUCCCGCCCGGCGCAAACAUGAAUGAGGAGUACGACGCGAUCGUCCUCGGCACCGGCCUGAAGGAGUGCAUCCUCUCGGGCAUGCUGUCCGUCAGCGGCAAGCGGGUGCUGCACAUCGACCGCAACAAGUACUACGGCGGCGAGUCGGCCUCCAUCACGCCCCUCGAGGACCUGUUCAGCAAGUUCAAGGCCCCGUCGCCGGACGAGAGCUACGGCCGCGGACGAGACUGGAAUGUCGACUUGAUACCCAAAUUCCUGAUGGCGAACGGCCUUCUCGUCAAGCUGCUCAUUCACACGGGCGUGACGCGUUACUUGGAGUUCAAGUCGGUGGAGGGCUCGUACGUCUACAAGUCGGGCAAGAUCUCGAAGGUGCCGAUCGACCAGCAGGAGGCCCUGUCCAGCGAUCUGAUGGGCCUGUUCGAGAAGCGGCGGUUCCGCAGCUUCCUCAUGUGGGUGCAGAACAUGCAGGAGGACGAUCCCAAGACGUGGGACGGCUUCGACCCCUUCAACAACAGCAUGAGCGCACUGUACAGCAAGUUCAGCCUGGACAAGAACACGCAGGACUUCACUGGACACGCGUUAGCGUUGUACAGGGAUGACGACUACAUAGGCCAAACCGCGAUCACCACCAUCAGGAGGAUCAAACUGUACAGCGACAGUUUAGCGCGGUACGGAAAAUCGCCGUAUCUCUAUCCGAUGUACGGUCUGGGCGAGCUUCCUCAGGGAUUCGCGCGUCUCAGCGCCAUUUACGGCGGCACGUACAUGCUGGACAAGCCGAUCGACGAGAUCGUCAUGAAAGACGGCAAGGUGGUCGGCGUCCGUUCCGGCGACGAGGUAGCUCAAUGCAAACAAGUUUUUUGUGAUCCUACAUACGUAUCUGAUCGUGUGAAGAAGGUCGGUCAAGUGAUACGAUGCAUAUGCCUCAUGGAUCAUCCUAUACCAAGCACAGCUGAUGCAUUAUCCACGCAAAUCAUCAUUCCUCAGAAACAGGUCGGCCGCAAUUCCGACAUCUAUGUGUCCCUCGUGUCGCACACUCAUCAGGUUGCGGCGAAAGGCUGGUUCAUCGCCAUGGUCUCGACCACGGUGGAGACGAAGAAUCCGGAGACCGAGAUCAAGCCCGGUCUGGACCUGCUCGGCCCGAUCAAGCAGAAAUUCAUCAGCAUCUCCGACUACAUGGUGCCGGUAGACGACGGUCUCAACAGCCAGAUAUUCAUAUCCACGAGCUACGACGCCACCACGCACUUUGAGACCACUUGCUCGGACGUGCUCGACAUAUUCAAGCGCGCCACCGGCGAGGAGUUCGACUUCAACAAGGUCAAGCAUGAACUCGGCGACGAGGAUCAGUAACCGUAAUCACGAAAUGCGCACGUGCAUAUAUACCACACGACAUUACGGGGGAAUCGAAGCGCCCAGUGUAUUUGCGUAUUCGAGUAAAAAAAAAAGGGGAAACGUCUCUCGACGAUUGCCGACUGCGUCGGCAUGCGACAGUGUCUCAAGGCAGAUACCACGGAAACAAGUCACGCUGCGAGCAGAUCCGUGCCUAAUUAUGCAAAAUCUUUGACAGAGGAUGAAACACGGCGGCAAAGUUGGCUAAAAAUUUUCUCUAUCAAAUUUCUCUGUCUCAUUAUCCUCCUAAUCUCGUCCCGCUGUUCCCCGCAAUGCAGUUCCAUCCGAAACGCACGAAUCCUCCGCAUUCACAUGGAAACGAAAACUCUUGGACUCUAUUUCUACGAUUUCGAACACCGGAUUAUAUAAGGUUAGAUCCUCUUAUAAAUUUAUAUUUUACACGAAACAUAAAUUCAAUCUGCCAAUAUACAUUCGAACAGAGAACGAUAAAAGAAGGAAAUAAAGAUGAUCGAGAUGUCCGUCACAGCGUGUAUACAAUACUUGUGUACCAUAUUUUAAUGUGUCGUGAUAAGUGAAACGUUUAUCGGCAGAUUAAAUUGUACAAAAACAAAGUCCACUGUAGCAACGUCACGUUGCUACAAAGGCUACCAUACAAUUGUCAAACUGACGAUCGAUCGACGAUACAAUAUAAGUCUCAUAUCUCUGUUUAGACUAGCACCAAUUCUCAUAGCUGUAGAGAUACUUCUGAAGUCUCGGUCGUUGUGAAUCCGGAAACAUUUACCGAUAUUUCAAUGUUAAUUCUAGGUUGUUUAAGUUGCAUUUAUCAUUUCGAACAAAAGAAUCGAGCCAUGAUUUAGUUUUAUACGAAUUGCCAAAUGACGGGCGAAAAGGAUAUUCCAUUGAUAACUUUCCCUUGCUUAUUGACCGUGUAGCAAAAUUAGGGGUAGCAAGAUAAAUAUAUAUAUAAUGCGUUAUUCGAUGUGUACUCGCAUAUAUAAUUGUAACUAUGUUUCAUCUUCCACAUCCGUUUUUCUCGUUAAAGAAACGCUCGUUUUAGGAAACAAAUCGUAACUAUCGAUAGCACGAUUAUCUUCAACGUACGUUCAAAAACGAAGUUUAGGAAUAGGGAAGUCGCAUGCUCAUACACGCUUGAGACAAAGUCGAUGGCAAGUAGGGGGGGGAAAAAACGAAAAAGCAAACGAAGGUCGAUAUCGAAAGUCGUUGAAACGAAGAGGGAUAUCCGGAGCGGCCAAGCAUUUCAUUAUAGAUAUAUUAUAGAUCUAUAUAGUAUAUAUAUUAUAUAUUACAAAAAGAUAUGUAUACAUAUAUAUAAAUAUGAGAAAAUGGAGUCGUUGAAAUAUUGUUGUUUCGUGUGAGCUUGAGAUCCGAGAUACUUCAUUUGCAUAAUAAAUCAUUAUUGUAUCUGACGAGGAGAGGACGAGUGAGUGCGAACAUUUGCAUGCGCAGUCGAAUUGACUUAACGCCGUGUGUGCGUCGAAGAAGAAACGAAUCGGCCGUUUGUCCUAGAUUCACGUUUUGCUUGCACUCUCGCAUGGGUUCACGAUGGGCACACGCAAUUUCACAUCGGGUGGGGAAACGGGUAUAACGGACACUUGUCUCAACUGCAACGGAUACGUCAUUAUCCAUCAACUUGUAACACGAGAGCUGAAUGGAAUAAACAAUAUUGUAUUAA